UGGGGACGCGAGGAGUUCAGCACGGAAAAGGAACUCUGUGAUCAUAGAGCUGGCGGAAUGCCGGGGUAGAGGCGACCGGAAGUUGGUUUUCGCCCCCCGUCCAGGGGCCGGAUAGGGUCUCCGCUGACUCCGUUUGGUUCCGGCUGCUGUCAGAUUCCGUCGUUGGGCCUGAGGGCUUGUUGGCCCUGGGGUGGGCUCGCCCCGGUACCGGCCUCACUCUUGUAGCAGCCUUGGGGAAACGGAGCGAAUUCCUGGUCUCCUAGCAACCAGGGACCGGCUGUGGACUGAAGGAGCUGCGGCGCCACAGUGCAAAUCGCUCAGGCGCUAGCCGGAACCCUUGAGCCCGGCCGAAACGGGAGCCUAAACUCUGCGCUUGGAAGAAUAAGCAGGAAAUGGCGGACGAGGCGUUGUUUUUGCUUCUACAUAACGAGAUGGUUUCUGGACUGUACAAGUCCGCGGAGCAGGGGGAGGUGGAAAAUGGACGCUGUAUUACUAAGCUGGAAAACAUGGGGUUUCGAGUGGGACAAGGAUUGAUAGAAAGGUUUACAAAAGAUACUGCCAGGUUCAAGGAUGAAUUAGAUAUCAUGAAGUUCAUUUGUAAAGAUUUUUGGACUACAGUAUUCAAGAAACAAAUCGACAAUCUAAGGACAAAUCAUCAGGGCAUCUAUGUACUUCAGGACAACAAAUUUCGUCUGCUUACUCAGAUGUCUGCAGGAAAACAGUAUUUAGAACAUGCAUCUAAGUAUUUGGCAUUUACCUGUGGCUUAAUCAGAGGUGGCUUAUCAAACUUGGGGAUAAAAAGUAUUGUAACGGCUGAAGUGUCUUCAAUGCCUGCCUGUAAAUUUCAGGUGAUGAUACAGAAGCUCUAAAACAUACUGAAAUGCAAGGCAAGGCUUCAACAGUGUAAAGAGAUAAAUUAUUCGUGUAUAAAGUAUUUCAAGUAGUUGGACAUUUGUAUUGAUACAAGCUAUUUGCUAAUUUAUGUAAUGAAAGAUGCACUCUUAA